AUUAAAUGUGUGGACUGAAGUAAUUUUCUUUUUCACAGACCAUGUUGAUCUCCGGAUUCAUUCUUACAUGUUUGACACUACUUUUGACCUUCUAUGGCAUCAUGGCAUCCACUAUUAGGUCAUCCACUACCACCUCUUCAGCUGCACUACCAAAUGUCCUACAAGGAAACCAAACCUUUGAAAGUUCCAGAAGCUUUCCUGCAGAUGGCAGUGGCCAAGGAGAUGCCUACUGCAGUUAUCUGAUGAGCAUGCCAGAACCACUUCCUAUUGAAUCUGUGCCCUGGUUCUGCCUCUGCAAAACUUGCAAAGGAAUAGAAGGCGCUAAAGGGGACCGUGGUGAUCCGGGUCCUCCAGGACGACCAGGAAGUCAAGGAAUCAAAGGGAAGAUGGGAAUUAGAGGUCAUCAAGGCUUACCUGGGCAAAGAGGCCUCAAAGGUGAGAAAGGAGAUGAGGGACCAAAAGGCGAUAAAGGGCAAUCUGGAUUCCAAGGCUCUAAGGGUAGCACUGGGCUCAAAGGUGAAAAAGGAAUGUCAGGCAUUGAUGGAAUUCCAGGCAUAAGAGGCCCGCCAGGGCAACCUGGUCAGUGUCCGGCAGUUUGUGAAGGGGAGAAGGGCAGACCUGGAAAUCUAGGUUCUCCAGGACCAUCUGGAGAAAGAGGAGAGCCUGGUUUGCCUGGUAAAGAUGGCAUAACCGGCCAAACAGGUGAAAAUGGGGAGAAAGGCUCCCCCGGUGAGCAAGGAACCCCUGGAUUGAAAGGGGAUCAGGGAGAGAUGGGAGUAUGUGAGUGCAAAGAUGGGGAAAAGGGUGAUGAGGGAAUAAUGGGGCCACUGGGUCCUCAAGGAGAGCCAGGAGUUCAAGGUGUUGAGGGACCUCAGGGAUUGCCAGGGGACAGAGGGGAGAAAGGGGAUCAAGGAGAUAGAGGAGAACCAGGGCCAUGCACCCCUUCCAUCCAAUCUGCUUUUUCUGCAGCCCUAAAGAACAUCUACCCUAGGCCCAAUCUGCCAGUGCCCUUCACAUCUGUGCUCUAUAAUGUCAUGGGGCACUAUAAUCCCACCACUGGGAUCUACACAGCACCUGUAAAUGGCACUUAUAUCUUCACCUACCACGUGACAGCUUUUCUCAGAGUGCUUAAGGUGGGCCUAUUUGUGAACUUCCAGAGUAUUGUAAAAAGCACAGAGGAAAAUAACAUGGGUCAGGCCUCUCAGAUGGUGGUGCAACACCUUCAGGCUGGUGACCAAGCCUGGAUACAAGUGAAAGAUACCAGCACCAAUGGCAUGUUCCAGAACUCCGAAAGCAGUAGCACUUUCAGCGGUUUCUUGCUGUUCCCAGACAGUUGCGACUCAUCAGAGAGCCGCAGUUUCCCACAAACACCUCCCAGAGAAGGGUAAUUUCUGGGACGAUGA